AUGUCAAAUUUCGAAAUUUUAACGCAUGACGACAAAAUUUUACGUCGCCCGAUGUCAAAAUUCGGAACUUUAACGCAUAACGACAAAAAAUCGACGGAAUAUUACGUCGCCAAUGUCAAAAUUCGGAAUUUUGACGCAUGGAUUUUUCGUCGUCGUGCAUUGAAUCCAACUGACCAAUCAGCUAUAAGAGAGUGCUUAUUUUCGGAGGUGCUUAUUUUUAGUUUUUGCUUACACCAUGACGAAAGUCUAGGAGGUGCUUAUUUUGGCCCAAAUGGAGAAUUUAUCGUUAUAUUUAAUCAUGAAACUAUGGAGUUUAAAAUUAUUAAAUAUAGUCAAUAUAAUGAAAUCGAUAAUGCAAACUCAUAUAAAUUUGACGAUGGUCACUUUGAAGAACAUAAAUCUCAAUUUGAAAGUAUAUAUAUGUUAGCAAUAUCAAAUAAUUUUGAAAUUAUGAAAGAUAAUUUCAUCUUUGUUGCAAUAUCAUGUGUAAUAGAAAUUGAUAUACAAGUUAAAAAAGAUGAAUCCGUUAUUGAUAUUGAUGAUCAAACCAGUAUUGAUAGUGAUAAAAGAGAGCAACCUUUGAAUGAAAAAACGAUUAUCUAUAAAGUAGCUUUAGAUUCAACUAAGCAAGAAAAAAUUAAACCAUAUAAAAAAGAAGAAAUUGGUGGAAUUGUUUCUUUUGUUCAUGAGAAAAACAAUUCUAGUAAAACAGAUUGCUUUAUCUUUAAUGCUAACGGAAUCUAUAAACUCUCACUUUGUGAAUUUGAUAAUAUUUGUUUAAAGAAUUUUGAGCAUUUCAAUUAUCCAAAAAGCCUUAUAAUUGUAUUAGAUACUUUAUCUAAGAACAAAUCUUGUAUUCUUCGAAUUAAAAAUUGUAUUUUUGAUCAUUAUUUUUAUAUCGAGCAAUGUAGAAAAGGAAUUCAAGUUAUGCAAUUAUAUGAUCUAAGAACUAUGCAAAUACAACAGUUUUUUAACAUAAACGAAGAAAAAAAUUAUUCAAAUAAAUAUAGCAAAUCCAUAUUAGCUGUUUCAGAAAAUGAGCAAAUGAUUGCCUUUUCUUCUGGAUAUGGAAAAUUGGCUCUUUAUUUAAUAGAAAAUGGUCUAAAAAUUAUUCAUAAAGAUUCUGGAAAGGAUACAAAAAUAAUUGCUUCUGAUUUUAAGGAUGAUAAUAAAUUGAUGAUAAUUAUUAAAAAAGCUAAACACCAGAGGAUAAACAUUUUACUUUGGAAUUUAUAUACAAAUGAAUAUCAAUAUGAUAUUGAAUUAAAUGAAGUUGAUAUUAGUUUUUUUAAUAGUGCAAAAAUUCCUGGUAAAUAUGUAUUUGUUAAUAAAAAUGGAAGAAUAUUAUCGAUGUAUGAUAGUUUAAAUUCAUUAGUUAGCAUGAAAGAUGCAAAUGAUUCUACACCAAAAUUUAUAAUAUACAGAGAUGGUAAAGUACUUCCAACUGAAAUGAACGUAUUAAAUUUUGAUAAUAAUAUUGUUUAUCAUCAAGAUCUUUCAAAAAAAGAAGCACAAAUUUUUAAAGAUAAUAUAGAACCAUGGACAACAGAUAAUUAUAAAAAGACAUGGGUAUAUCUUGACCAAAAAGAAUCAUUGCAGUUAUAUAUUGGAAAAAAUACUAUUCAAAUAUGGUGUAAAAUUAAGCAAAAAGAAAAUUUCGUUCUUAAAUAUUUUUGGGUUACUGAAGAUUAUAAAUUACAAAUAUUAGAAUUAGAGGUUUAUGAAAAUGGCUUUUCUAUCAAGUUAGAAAAUAACAAACAGAUUAAAUGGUUCUAUAAUGAUGAUGAUGAUAUUAAUUUAAUUAAGCAUGCUUGCGAUUCCCUUGAAUUUCUAAACUAUCAAAGAUAUAGAUAUGAGAAUCAGCAUGUUUGGAAAUUUAUUAGAGAUUAUCCGAACAUUUGGAAAGUGUUGGAUGUUCAUUAUAACCUUAUGGCAAAAAUUAUAAUUGGUGGCACAAACACUCUCAUUAAAUUUAUUCUAUUUGGCGAUGAAAAAGUAAAGCUUAAAUAUUUACAUAUAACAAGAAUAACUCGAUGGAUUAGUUCUGAAAAAAUUACUAAAACAAAUGAUUUGAAAAAACCAACAAAGGAAAAAAUUGAUUUUAGUAAACUCAGUGAUUUACAACUAGCUAUUAAAUUGUGUGAAACAGAUAUUGAACGUAAUCGUAGAAUUUUAGUUGUAACUUAUUUACUUGAAUAUUAUACAAAAAAUGCAACUGAAAAUCAUGGAUGGUUAAUUACUAUUUCUAAAGCAUUACCAGAUUUAUAUACUUAUAAAUUAGAGUAUUUAGUGAGCGAAUUAUUUUGCAAACCAUGCAUGGAAGGUAUAGAAAUAUCAAAUAUUAUUGAAUAUAUGGAUUUUAUGCCUGAAGACUUUUAUAUUAUUUCAAAAAAGUUUAUAGCAUUUAAACCAAAUUUGAAUUUUAAAUUGACAAUUGUGCAGAAAUCCAAUUUUGAAGCUAGAAAUUAUGAAAACUAUUUUCCAGUUGUAAAAAUAGUUCCUUUACAUAAUUUUACUGUUAAUAAUAUAUCUCAAAAAACUGACGACCAUGAAGAUUCAUUAAUUAAAAAAAUAUUGAAAUUAUUAUUUAUUCCUCGAGGUUAUUUAGUUAACGCAAAAAAUUUGUCUCAACUUAGUCCAUUUGACCAAAUCAUUAGAUCAAGAUGUAAUAUUGACAUAUUUAAUAGUAAUGACAUAUUUAAUAGUCCAGUAAUGGAAGCUGUAAUUAAUUACAAAUGGCGUCUAGCAAGAAAAUAUUUUCUUCGACUCUUCUUUGUGUAUAUUUUAUUCGCUGCCUGUUUUGCAAUUAUUUGUGGAAAUUACGUUGCACAUUCUGAAAUAACAGGAAACCAUUUUUAG